UGCUCUAGGUGCUGGUCGAGCCAGCGUCGUGAUCGCCGGCGUAGAGCUGGAAGUGUCAGCGGCGAUCACUGUCCCGGCGGGAGACCAACUCCGAGCAACCACGCUCCCGUUGGCCGCUAUCGCUGGCAGGGGGCGGCGUGCCAGCGGAGCAACAUGCAGAUAGGCGCCCAGCGCCCUGACGACCCCUCCCGAGGAAAGGAGGCCGGGGCGGCGCUGGGGCGGCGGGGAGCAUGAGGCAGGCCGGGGGGCGGCUCGGCUCCGAGCGCUGCUAGGGAGCGGCGCGCGCUGCACACUCGCCGGGGCGCAGCGGAGGGCGGGGAGCCGGGCUGCUUGUGCCAGCGGGCGGGAGCCGGCCGCCGGGAGCUGUUCUGAUUUCCGACGCGGACGCAGGGGGCCCGGAGUAGUCCCCUGCCCCGGCGUGCAGCCAACAUGGGCAACGCCGGGAGCAUGGAUUCACAGCAGACCGAUUUCAGGGCGCACAACGUGCCUUUGAAGCUGCCGAUGCCCGAGCCAGGUGAACUGGAGGAGCGAUUUGCCAUCGUGCUGAAUGCUAUGAACCUACCCCCUGACAAAGCCAGGUUGCUGCGGCAGUAUGACAAUGAGAAAAAGUGGGAACUGAUCUGUGAUCAGGAACGAUUCCAGGUGAAGAACCCUCCCCAUACUUAUAUUCAAAAGCUCAAAGGCUAUCUGGAUCCAGCAGUAACCAGGAAGAAAUUCAGACGGCGUGUUCAAGAAUCCACACAAGUGCUAAGAGAACUGGAAAUUUCUUUAAGAACCAACCAUAUUGGAUGGGUGAGAGAGUUUCUGAAUGAAGAAAACAAAGGUCUCGAUGUUCUGGUAGAAUAUCUAUCAUUUGCGCAGUAUGCAGUAACUUUUGACUUUGAAAGUGUGGAGAGCACUGUGGAGAGCUCGGUGGACAAAUCAAAGCCCUGGAGUCGGUCCAUUGAGGACCUGCACAGAGGAAGCAACCUGCCUUCCCCCGUGGGCAACAGUGUAUCCCGCUCGGGAAGACAUUCUGCCCUGCGAUACAAUACUUUGCCAAGCAGAAGAACCCUGAAAAAUUCAAGAUUAGUGAGUAAGAAAGAUGACGUGCAUGUCUGUAUCAUGUGUUUACGUGCCAUCAUGAAUUAUCAGUAUGGUUUCAACAUGGUCAUGUCUCACCCACAUGCUGUCAACGAGAUUGCACUAAGCCUGAACAACAAGAAUCCAAGGACAAAAGCCCUUGUCUUAGAGCUGUUGGCAGCCGUUUGUCUUGUCAGAGGCGGGCAUGAGAUCAUUUUAUCAGCAUUUGACAACUUUAAGGAGGUUUGUGGAGAAAAACAACGCUUUGAGAAGUUGAUGGAACAUUUCAGGAAUGAGGACAAUAACAUAGAUUUUAUGGUGGCCUCUAUGCAGUUUAUUAAUAUUGUAGUCCACUCAGUAGAAGACAUGAAUUUCAGAGUUCACCUCCAAUAUGAAUUUACCAAAUUAGGCCUGGAUGAAUACUUGGAUAAGCUGAAGCACACGGAGAGUGACAAAUUGCAGGUACAGAUUCAGGCUUACCUGGACAACGUGUUUGAUGUGGGAGCUCUUCUGGAGGAUGCCGAAACCAAGAAUGCAGCCUUGGAGAGGGUGGAGGAACUGGAAGAAAACAUCUCUCAUUUGUCGGAAAAACUGCAGGACACAGAGAAUGAAGCCAUGUCCAAGAUUGUGGAACUGGAAAAGCAGCUCAUGCAGAGGAACAAGGAGCUGGAUGUGGUUCGAGAAAUCUACAAAGAUGCAAAUACCCAGGUUCACACAUUAAGGAAAAUGGUCAAAGAGAAAGAAGAAGCCAUUCAAAGACAGUCUACCCUAGAAAAAAAGAUUCAUGAGCUGGAGAAACAAGGGACCAUUAAAAUUCAGAAGAAAGGGGAUGGGGACAUCGCCAUACUCCCUGUCGUGGCUUCUGGCACGUUGCCCACAGGGUCCGAAGUGGCAGUGGGUAACUUCAUGGGACCAGUAAUGGGGGCCUCCUCCUCGGGACCCUUGCCUCCCCCUCCCCCACCACUACCUCUGUCGUCAGAUGCACCUGAAGCAGUGCAAAAUGGUCCAGCAACACCACCUGUACCACCCCCGCCUCCCCCUCCCCCACCCCCUCCGCCCCCGCCCCCACCUCCUCCCCUGCCCCCUCUCCCAGGUCCUGCAGCUGAGACCCUGCCUGCUCCUCCCUUACCACCCCCGCCUCCUCCUUCUGCACCCCCGCUGCCCGGGACGUCUUCACCCACAGUGGUUUUCAACUCAGGAUUAGCAGCUGUGAAAAUUAAGAAGCCAAUCAAGACGAAAUUCAGAAUGCCAGUUUUUAACUGGGUUGCCCUGAAGCCAAACCAGAUCAAUGGCACAGUCUUCAACGAAAUUGAUGAUGAACGAAUUCUGGAGGAUUUAAAUGUGGAUGAAUUUGAGGAAAUAUUUAAGACAAAAGCCCAAGGUCCUGCCAUUGAUCUUUCUUCAAGCAAACAGAAGAUAACGCAGAAAGGAUCGAGCAAAGUGACAUUACUAGAAGCAAAUAGGGCUAAAAAUCUUGCCAUCACUUUAAGGAAAGCUGGAAAGACUGCUGAAGAGAUAUGUAAAGCUAUUCAUGUAUUUGACUUGAAGACCUUGCCUGUAGACUUUGUAGAAUGUCUGAUGAGGUUCUUGCCAACUGAGAAUGAGGUAAAAGUGCUUCGGCUCUAUGAGCGGGAACGGAAGCCCCUGGAAAACCUGUCGGAUGAAGACCGGUUCAUGAUGCAGUUCAGUAAAAUUGAGAGGCUCAUGCAGAAGAUGACCAUCAUGGCCUUCAUCGGGAACUUCGCUGAAAGCAUUCAAAUGCUGACUCCUCAACUGCACUCAAUUAUAGCAGCAUCUGUCUCUAUAAAGUCGUCCCAAAAACUCAAGAAAAUCCUGGAGAUCAUCUUGGCCCUUGGAAACUAUAUGAAUAGCAGUAAACGAGGAGCAGUUUAUGGAUUUAAACUUCAGAGUUUAGAUCUGCUCUUAGAUACAAAGUCAACGGACCGAAAGCAAACGCUUUUGCACUAUAUAUCCAAUGUCGUGAAAGAAAAAUAUCAACAAGUGUCCCUCUUUUAUAAUGAGCUUCAUUAUGUGGAGAAAGCUGCUGCAGUGUCCCUCGAGAAUGUUUUACUGGACGUCAAGGAGCUGCAGAGGGGCAUGGACUUGACCAAGAGGGAGUACACCAUGCAUGACCACAACACUCUGUUGAAGGAGUUCAUCUUCAACAACGAGGGGAAGCUGAAGAAGCUGCAGGACGAUGCCAAGAUUGCCCAGGAUGCCUUUGAUGACGUGGUGAAGUAUUUUGGAGAAAACCCCAAGACGACACCCCCGUCUGUCUUCUUCCCCGUCUUUGUCCGGUUUGUGAAAGCCUAUAAGCAAGCAGAAGAGGAAAAUGAGCUGAGGAAAAAGCAGGAACAAGCGCUCAUGGAGAAGCUCCUGGAGCAGGAAGCUCUGCUGGAGCAGCAGGACCCAAAGUCGCCUUCCCACAAAUCAAAGAGGCAGCAGCAAGAAUUAAUUGCCGAAUUAAGAAGGCGGCAAGUUAAAGAUAAUAGACAUGUAUACGAAGGGAAAGAUGGUGCCAUUGAAGAUAUUAUCACAGAUCUUAGAAACCAACCAUACAGACGAGCCGAUGCGGUGAGGAGAAGUGUUAGGCGGCGCUUUGAUGACCAGAACUUGCGUUCUGUUAAUGGUGCCGAAAUGACCAUGUGAACCAGAGACCUGCUUGUAUGAAUAGAGGGUGUGCGUGAAUGAAGAUGUCCAUGUGAACUUUCUGUGCUACCAUUUAACUGCAGCCUUGAACAUAGAUAAAAUAUUCUAAGGGCUCAGAUUUAGCAAACACAUAGCAAUUUUUAAAUGAUGGGCUCUGCUUUCAACCUUUGUUAACAAGUGCCUAAAAGUGGAAGUACCUGCUCAGAUUAAUCAAAGCAAUAGGAUUUGAUUUGGUUAGUAUCUUUUUACACCAGUUUGUUAUUUUUUAACCAAAAUACAAAUUUCAUAUUACAUUCAUUACCUGCCAUUGUGAUUGUCCCAUGAUGGCCCACCCUGGUUUCCUGAUAAGUUGUAAAUAACAUGGAAUGCAUCUGCUGUGGGCUUCCUUUGCUGUCUUUUAAGAAGUUAAUUUUGUUUUAGCCAUACCUGUCAACUUUGUAUUUUUAAGGGCUUGCAGCACAGAAGGAAAAAGUCAUGUGAUAAAUUCCUUUUGUCUAUACCCAAGCCCCAGCCAAGUACAAAUGGGAUAUAACUGCAGUGGCACAGAAGUCAGUCAACUUGUUUCACAUUCUGCUUCUGUGCUGGGGCACGAUGCCUCAUGAGAUAUUCAUCGGUAUGAGACCAUACGAUGGCAUACAGAUGUUGUACAAGACUUAUUUGCAGUACUGUGUUCUUCAGCUAGAGGCAGCUUUUAAAAAAAAUACAAAUGUUUAUUAAUUACCACUAAAAUUAACAUCUCAGUAAUCAGUAUUAGGAUUUCUGAGGACCACUAUGGGUCAAUCCUGAGAAUAGAAAUCGGUGCCUUGCUAGCCAGGGAGAAGUUCACUAGCUCUAUGAACAAGCAUUCAAGAUUUACUUCCUCUAGCAGAGUAGUGUUAGUAACCUGGCCUUAUCACUCUGACAAUCGCAGGGUUCCCCCCUCCUUCUUUUUGUAGAUUGGAUUAGAUAUAUUUGGCAUCGCACAUCAGAGCUAAUAAAUUCUUGUUCUUCCCAGACUACCUUGUGGGGAAUUGCAAUUAAAUUGCUGAAUUACAUUGGUAUUAAGCUUAAAUGAUAUGUAAUGGCACUAAAUGGCCAACAAAGCCACUGUUGUUCCUUCAUCUCUGGCAGGGCACUUGAUCCAAAGUCAAAAACUGGACUGAAGCUAAUUUGUAAUUUUCAUCACACACAUUCUGCUUCUGGCUUACCUUAUUGGUACAUUACACCAGUAUAUUAAUUGUAAAGUUUAUUGUAUAGUAUUUAACCACUGAAUUUCUUAUUUUAUGUUGUGCUCAUGUGAACUCCUUGGUGAAGGUCCCAUUUCCCUUGGAUAAUGUGUAGUUAUAUAUCUCUUUUUAAAUGUACAGAUAUUUUGCUAUGAAAUCGGUGCAGUUUUUUAUGGUUUUUACACUCCUCUUUAAUUCCCACCUAAGCCUCUGGGUAAUAUUGUAAAUAUUGUUUAAAAAUGCAUCAGCCUAUGCUAUACAAUCUGAAUGUUAUUUUAACUUAUAGGUUUUUUUUUUAAUAUAUAUAUUUAACUUCAAGGACAGUUUAGGGAUCAGUUACCACAUUUCACUUUAGCGUUACCUAUUUACAAAAAGAUUAAACUGCCACCUGCUAGCACAUUGUCAUAAUGUGUACUUUAAAAAAGAACAUGCCAAGAUUGUGUCUGACUCAUUCAACAUUUCAUUUUGAUGAAAAGAGUGAUUUGACCAUGAGAUUUAACACAAAUAGUUGGUCCUUUACCACAAAGCAGCUGUUUUCCAAAGCUCAAUACUGAUGAACAUGUUAAAAUGGGCUAUUUAUUAAUCUACAAAUAGAUAAUAAUAUUGGCAUGUCCUUUUCUGUUUGUCUCUUAAUGGGCCUGCUUCUUAGCAAUAUUAGAAAUGUUUUAUAAAAGCAGUUCAUGUUACUUUCCUGGUCUUUUCAUGGCAUAUGAGCAAAUAAACUAUUUACACUACUA